GUGUGCUAAGGGAAGAUCUUACUUCCGUCGAUACAGCCAAAGCUUCCUUUUUGCACUCUCUUCUCUUCUGCAACUCUCCUGAAGAGAUCGUGGAUAUCCAAUCCAUGUCGGAAACAGGCGACGAUCUCGCGAAGGGUGAAGCGACUCAUGGAAAAAGAGAGGAUUGCAUAGUAGGGAAUGAUGGUGUAUCAGAAGUUGGUCCCCGCCGCGCACCGGGUCUGGACAGGCUGCCCAACGAGCUCCUCGUGCAAAUAAUUAAAGAAUGCCUGACCGAGCUCCCUCCGUCCUUCAAAAAGUUUACAGUGGAGCCGAGUAUGGACAUAGCCAAAGGCGACAGUGAGCAUCCGACUCUGAAAGCCCUGUCACAGGUGUCAAGACGGCUCAGAGCUCUUAUACUUCCUUUCCUCUUUCAGUUCGUUAAGCUUCAUCUACAGUCAUUCUCCCGCCUUAUAAGUUGCGACAAGAAGCUAUUGCUACACCUGGACAAAUACCAUGAACAUCUCAACGAGCACGAGCGGCGCAUUUGGCUAGCAUUGCGCGGUCAGUGGCACGAUCAAUCACGGCCCUCCGUUUCCGCUAAUCACUCUCGCCUUUACGUGCCGGUGCACGAUCAAGACAAAUAUCUCACUCACAAGGACGCCCCUCCGCACGCCCUCAUGCCCCAACUUCCCACCGACUUCACCGAUUUUGCCGUAUUCAUCAAGAAGCACAAUCUCCGUCGCAAGGUAGAUGGCCUUAUUCUCAUCACCGAGCUUGAAGUCACUGGCGACCAUUGCAGAUGCACCGAGCGGAGCGCAUACGUCGGGUGCUCCAUUAGGCAGUUCUGGCUCAAUAUAUUCGAAGUCCUUGACCCCCUCCGCGUAGUCACCGCCGCGCCGCCUAUAACUAUUGCAUCCUUGAUCCACAGCCGCCAGCACGGGGAGCAAGAAUGGGCGUUUGAGAUGAAAAUGCAAUACCUGGAACUCGGCAUGACACACUCCUCCGAUGACAUGCUUCUUCGUUUCCCCGGCCACGAAGCCAGGGAGAUGUACAAAUCCAAUGAGGGCUGGGACGGGUACCUCCUAGGACACAAAGGCUGGACGCGCCUCUCCUUCAACGAGGGCGCCUCCGUACCAGCCUACCACACAUACGAAUAUCAUCUUAAGGCAGCGCCAAAACACGUGCACCAAGGGAUCCAGUACAUGCCUGCAUAUGGAAUUCCCGCCUCCUGCCUCAGAGUCCUCCAAUUCAUCGCCGUCUUUCCUCUGGCAGACGACUUCCAGCUGUGGCUCGUGUCAGCGAACAAGUAUACCGACGUCCAGAAUUGCGCGUUGAGAAGAAUCGAGGUGCAGCUUGCGCCUGGGCCAGAGCAGAACUCGGAGGCGAUUGCACGCCGCAUCGGACGGUGUCAACCACAGACGCUCUGGCUCGAGUGGGAACAAUGUUACAGGAGACACUUAAUGUGGUUCCUGGAGGUUCACCCAUUCGAAGAUGGCGCGGAACUCGAAGCGAGGGAUUGCUGGGAUCCAGGGAUGGAAACCGAAAUCACCGAGUGGAUGGCCCACUUGACCCAACGGGUUGGUGUGGGCUGGAACAAGGUCGGGAAGGGAAUUUGGAGGAGGGAUACAAGUUUGGAUAACUUGAUUCUGUAGGAGCUCAUGCAGGGUUGGGGUUGAUGGUUGGUGUUUCGGGCUACAGUGAUGCAGGGGCGGCGAUGAUGGCAUUUGGAAAGGACGGAGAGCUGUUCUCGAGAUCACAUCGUCCAAGUCCAAGUUCCUUGAGGUUCUCGGCUUGAAGAAGUUUCUGGACUCUCUUGGAGCUGGAGGGCCAGAGCCUAGGAUAAGGUGUUCCUCUCAGGACACAGUAGAUUACUCCACAUGAGCGACUGAUUUAACCACGACUACACACGACUACACACGACUUUACGCCGCACUUCGCUGUUUCAAGAGCGACAUUUUCAUCCAAUACUUAUCAUAACGCGAACACGAGCAUUAUCGUCUAGCUUCUCAUAUACUUGUAGAAGAGCGCGACUAGGCGCAGGAGGUGGAUAUCCCUCUCAAUCGCCCAUAGUCUCGCACAAGUA